UUUUGUAUUUAUUUAUUUGUUAAGAAAAUAAUCAACUUUUAAAAAAGUUUAUUAAUUUUAUAUUGCAAAUAUGGAUAAACUAACCAAAGAAGAAAUCAAAGUUCUAUUUGAAACUAUAAAUAAUAAUGAUGAUGAAAUUAACAAUAUAUUACUUCAAGAUGCCGAAAUGAAUAAUGAAAUACAAAAUGCUAUUAUUAUGGCAACCAAAACCUUUAAGAAAAAAAGAAUUUCUAUGAAAGGUUUUGUAGAAAAAACUAUACCACAAUAUAGCGAGAAAAAGUUUGUCAAACAUUUUCGAAUUAAAAGAAAUCUUUAUAAAAGCCUUACAAAAAGAUAUGAAAAAAGUCUCGAUUAUCCCAAUCACAUAGCACAAAAGCUCUGUAGUGCACCAAAGAGCAUGGCAUUGUUUUUGUGGUUCGCUGGACAUCCAUGUAGUUUCAGAAGCGUAGGAAGACGAUUUGAUCUUUCUAUAUCGUCGGUUUCACGUGUUAUUGAAAGAUGUAUGAUGUUUUUAAGCAAACUUAGUCCAAAAGUUAUUAAAUGGCCAGAUGAAGAGCAGAAACUGCAGACAAGUGAAUUCUUCAAGAACAAAGCUGGAUUUUUAAAGGCAAUUGGGUGCAUUGGUGGAAGACGUUUUACUUUUGAUCCCGCAGUGAGUAAUAAAAAGGAAUAUAUAGAUCACAAUGGCAAUCCAAGUAUAUGUGUACAAGCAGUCUGUAAUGAGGACAAAAAGUUUGUGGAUGUUCAAAUUGGUUUCCCUGGUUCGUCCAGUAAAAGUUGGGUAUUCCAAAAUUCUGAUAUGGCCCAUAAAUUAACAGAAUGUGGUGAAUAUUAUGUGUUAGGUGAUUCAGCGUAUCCAUGUACUGACAAUUUAGUGACACCCUACCGGGACAUUGGCUAUCUGACCAUUGAACAAAAAGAAUUCAAUGAAAAGUUAAGUUCUUGUCUCACUUCUGUGGUUGACCAAUCAUUUGAGAUGCUUAAACAACGUUUCCCACAAAUAAACUACUGCAAAUUAAGAGGAAUACCGAAAAUAUGUCAUUUUAUUAGAGCCUGUUGUGUUCUUCAUAAUAUGACCAGUGAAGAUGAUUUAAAUUUUGCACUGGAACCAGAAGAAGUCCAAACUGAAACCGUGGAGCUGCAAAUGGGAGAUAUUGCUAAGGGAAAUGUUGUACGAAACAAAAUUUGCCAAGAUAUGAGAAAUCAGUAGGGGUCGUCGAAUUUUGUACAAAAUAUUAAAGAGCGAAAGUUACGUAGUCGAA